GAAGUGUAAACUAGCAACAAUCAAAAUCCUAACCACAGUUUUGUCAUAUUAGAUACAACGUAUGUAUUGAUGAAGCCAAGCAAAAGAAUAAGUACUCCCUCUUACUCGUUCUUUAUAAAGCUCAAGUGAGAAAUUAAAACACAAGGCAUGGGAGAAAUGCUAGAAAGUGAAGAGAAAAAAUGGGGUGCGUUUGUUCAGGAGCUGAAGAAGACAAGCUCUAUAGCGGCACCAAUGGCGGUGGUGUCAAUAUUGCAAUAUCUUUUGCAAGUGGUAUCUAUUAUAAUGGUUGGUCAUCUCGGUCAACUUUCCCUCUCUAGCGUUGCCAUUGCCACCUCUCUCACCAAUGUUACGGGCUUUAGUCUUCUUUCGGGACUGGCUGGUGGGUUGGAAACUCUAUGUGGGCAAGCUUAUGGAGCAGGGGAGUAUAAAAAACUUGGAACCUAUACUUGCACUGCAAUCAUUUCUCUCAUUCUGGUUUGUCUCCCAGUCUGUGUUCUAUGGAUUUUCAUGGACAAACUAUUAAUUCUCAUAGGCCAAGACCCUAUAAUAUCACUUGAAGCCCGCAAAUACUCGAUGUGGCUCAUUCCUGCACUAUUUGGCGGUGCAGUUCUUAAGCCAUUGACUCGGUACUUCCAGUCACAGAGUUUGAUUAUUCCAAUGCUUUUUGGCACCUGUUUUGUUCUAUGCUUCCAUAUACCUGCAUGUUGGACUCUUAUAUAUAAGCUGGAAUUAGGAAGUAUUGGUGCAGCAUUAGCCUUCUGUGCAUCAACUUGGCUGAACGUGAUAUUACUCGGCUUUUAUGUGAUUUAUUCUCCAGCCUUAGAGAAAACCCGUGUCCCUUUUUCGAAACAUGCUUUGCUUGGUAUCUCAGAAUUCUAUCGCUUGGCCAUCCCUUCCUCUGUAAUGGUUUGUCUUAAAUGGUGGUCGUGUGAAGUGCUUAUUUUGCUGUGUGGCCUUUUACCAAAUCCAAAGCUGGAGACGUCUGUGCUCUCCAUAUGCCUUACAAUUUCUACAUUGCACUUCACUAUAGCCUAUGGAUUAGGGGCUGCUGCAAGUACUCGAAUUUCAAAUGAACUGGGAGCUCAAAAUCCACAAGCAGCUAGAGUGGCUAUUUGGGCUGCAAUCUUCCUUUCUGUCACAGAGGCAAUUAUUGUAAGCGUGACUCUCUUCUGUUGCCGCUAUGUUUUGGGAUAUGCAUACAGCAGUGAGAAGCAGGUUGUGAAUUAUAUUGCAGUUAUGGCUCCUGUAAUAUGUGUCUCCAUUGUUAUGGACGGCUUACAAGCAGUACUUUCUGGGGUUGCUAGAGGAAGCGGAUGGCAGCAUAUAGGUGCCUAUGUCAACCUUGGGGCAUUUUAUCUGGUUGGACUCCCAGUGGGAGCUGUACUUGGUUUCAUUCUACAUUUAAGAGGGAAGGGCCUUUGGAUUGGAAUUGUUACUGGUUCUAUUGUGCAAUCAACGCUUCUUUCUCUUGUGACAGGUUUCACAAAUUGGAAGGAACAGGCGAGCAAGGCCAGAGAAAGGUUAUUCGAGGGGAAAGCUUACAAUGGAUCAGAUUCAGUCUGCAGGGAAGAAACUUGAAGAAGUUGAUAAAAUGUAUUUUCUUUUAGGCUUUCUUUUUUUAUGUCUUAAAGUUUGUGAUUAAGAUGAACUUUUAAAAGUAUAGCUACCUAAAAUCAUCUUUGCUCAAGUGUGUUGUUUGUAGACAGUGUACUAGUGGUUUUAAUGUUGGUACAAUUUUCUAUUUUUCCCCU